AUGGAAUACAUAUGGCUACAUAUACAAUACGAAGCAAUCGCAAACUUUGAAACUCUAAACGAAAUCGUCAAAAUGAAAAACGUUUCUCUCAAAGCUUCACUCUUGAUUUUCAUUUUGGUCAUCACAUCUAAUUUUGGAGUGGAAGCAAGAGAGUUAACUGAAGCUGAAGUUAUGGCCGGAAGUUCAAGUGACGCUACCAAAGGCAAUACUCUGGAUUCAGCACGUCCACCUUGCAAGAGGGACAUCGAUUGUAGCUUCGCAUGUCCCAAGGGAGGAUUCUGCAACAAUCGCCUUGGGUCAUGUGAUUGUUUUUGAUCAUUAUUCUAAUCUAAUUUUCAUUAAAAAGAAGAAACGUAUUGCCAUCAAUUCUUUAGACUUUAAU